CUGCAAAGACCACCGAACCCAGACAACACACGAGUUUUCCACAGUAUAUAGGAGGAAAAUGGCCGACGAUGGCAUGCUUUUGAACUUUUCCAUCCCUGAAACUGGGUUUCUCAAUAAACCAAAGUUCAAGGGUGGGAGUUGGAAGGACCGACAAUCCGCAAAGAGAGCCGCAGGGCAUUGGCAUGACAGGGCAACAGGACGUCUGAACGGAGAAAAGCCUACGAAUAAGACGACUUCGAAUCCGAAUCGUACAAAGCUGGGCGAACGGCCAAAGCAAAAGUCAAACAGCCCCGAGCCCGAACGACCAACAGAAAGACUACCAAAGCGACCGCGCGUCAGCGGCGAGUUCAAACCUGCUGCCGCUCGAGACAACACGGAGCAGGAAGAAUUCAGACCGCAAUCAAACCCCAAUGUCACAAAGAGUACAGGAGAGAAGAGUUCAGGACCUAAAGGUGGAAAACAGAUCAUUUCCUCGCUGUUCUCGUUCAACCCCACAUCGACGACCGAAUCUCUACCCAAAGAUCAAUCCGCGAACGAUGAACACGUCGAACCUUCGAAUGCGCCGCUAUCGAGCGAGCUUGAAACUUUCACAUCUCUAGGUAUAUCACCCUCCCUUGCAACCCAUCUCCUCAAUAAGAUGGAGAUGAAGGCUCCUACAGCUAUUCAGAAGGCAGCCAUAGCACAACUGGUGAAAGAUGACUCGGAUGCAUUCAUACAAGCCGAAACAGGUUCCGGAAAGACAUUGGCAUAUCUCUUGCCGAUAGUGCAACGUCUGAUUGAGAUAUCUGCAAACAUGAAGAAGAGGAAGGUGGAUGAAGCUGUUCAAAGAAAUUCCGGACUUUUUGCAAUUAUUCUCGCACCGACUCGUGAACUGAGUAAACAAAUUGCUACGGUUUUGGAAAAGGUGCUCGGAUGUGCGCAUUGGCUCGUUGCGGGAACAGUCAUUGGAGGAGAGAAGAAGAAGUCUGAAAAAGCAAGGUUAAGAAAAGGUAUCAAUAUCUUGGUCGCCACGCCUGGUAGGCUCGCAGAUCAUCUUGAACACACAGAGGCGCUAGACGUGAGCAACGUAAGAUGGCUUGUAUUGGACGAAGGUGACCGCUUGAUGGAGCUAGGUUUUGAGGAGGAGAUUCAGAAGAUCAUCGGUAAUCUAAACUUGAGAUUACGUGCCAAAAAGGAAGGAGACGCCGCGAUACCUGGACUUCCCAAUAAGAGGACUACCAUUCUCUGUUCUGCCACGAUGAAGAUGGAUGUCGAACGCCUCGGGCAGAUCAGUUUGAAGGAUGCUGUUCAUAUCCGAGCAGACCCCAAGGACCUGGAUGGUACAGAGGUCGCUAGAGAGGAAGGAUUCUUUGCACCCGCCCAGUUGAAGCAGUCGUACGCCGUAGUUGCGCCUAAGCUCCGUUUGGUUUCUCUCAUCAGCUUUCUUAAACGAGCGUUUGCUCGCAAGGGUUCGAUCAUGAAAGCUAUCGUGUUCUUCUCUUGCGCAGACUCUGUAGACUUCCAUUUCAGCAUCCUCACGAGCGAGCUGGAAAAGUUCUUUGAGGGCGCCGACGCACAGAAGCCGGAGGCGACCGACGAGAAAGCAUCCGAUGAAGCAUCACAGAAGAAAGCUAAGAACGGCAAGGCUGUCAUUGAGUCAGACCCAACAAAGCUUGACGUUACUCAUACCGAGUCGUCUCUCCUUUCGCCAAAGACGCAUUCCGUCUCAGCUUACCGACUCCAUGGUUCACUACAACAAUCGCUCCGAACAUCGACUUUGCAACACUUUACCAAAAACAAAGAGCCUGCUCUAUUAUUAGCUACGGACGUUGCCUCCCGUGGACUCGAUCUUCCUAAUGUGGAUCUAGUAAUAGAAUUCGACCCUGCUUUUGCCCGAGAGGACCAUCUUCACAGAAUUGGCCGUACCGCUCGUGCUGGACGGGACGGACGUGCUACCAUCUUUUUAAUGCCAGGUUGCGAGGAAGGCUAUGUUGAUAUACUCAAGAGCGACAGAAAAGAUGGCGAGGCAGGUAUUCACAUUGGACGCCAGGAUGCGAACGAGAUCUUGAAGAAGGGCCUCAUCACUUCUGGUGUGACGAAAGACAAGAACGCUUUCAUGGACAAGGCUACGGAUCUCCAACUUGCCGUCGAGCGCUGGGCCCUUGCGUCUCCCGCACGAAUGGAGAGCGCACGGCGAGCGUACCAAAGUCACGUCAGGGCCUACGCAACCCAUGUUGCUGCCGAAAGAGGUUAUUUCGAUAUCAAGCAGCUACAUCUUGGACAUCUCGCAAAGGCAUUUGCACUUCGCGAACGUCCAAGUGGUAUGAAGGUUCCCGGUUUGAGGACAGGUGCUGGAAGAGAUAGCGCGAAGGGUGCCACGCCCAGGAUGAGAGGUGCCACCAAGGACGGGAACGACAAGUCGGGUGGUAAAGCAGAGAUUGAGCAAGUGGACCCCAGCGAAGAUGCAGCAAAGAUGCGCAAGGCGGUGCGGGCACGAGAAAAGUUCAUGCGGCACGCAGGUCAGGCGGACGAGUUCAAUCUUGGUUAAGCAAACUCCUUCGUCUUUUCGAUUAUACUUAGAUUCAGUCCAACUAGAAGAAAUAGAACAUCUGCCUCGAUGGCAACACGAAG